CCGGCUGGGAGCAAGACUGAAGCCGGUGCCCCCAGGACCAGAGCUUCUGGGGAGGUGACCUCCUAGGAAACAAGAGUUGGCAGCUGAGAAACCACAAAGCAGGCAAACCGGCUCUCGAGUCCCGCGGCGGCUCCCAUUUUCCGGCUUGUAGGUCCGCGCAGUCGGUGGAGCGGGGCUAGGAAGAUGCGGGCAGCAGGUCCCCUCUGAUUGGACGACACGAAGUCCCAGCGGGCGCCUCAGCAGCUUAAAAACGAAGCCAGUCCGAGUGGGAGCUAGAGCGGCCCCGGCCGGCCAUGCGUCUUGGUGAGGAGGCGCAGGAGGGGUGGCCGGCCGGAAAGACCACACGCAGGCCAGGAAACGGACAGACAGACGAACUCACUCGCAGGGCAGGAGGUCGCACUACGGUAGCAGGCUUCAAAGGGCCAUGGCUGAGCUCAAGUCGCUGUCUGGGGACGCGUACUUGGCGCUGAGCCACGGCUACACCGGGAGCGGCCACGCCUACGCUGCGGCUCGCGGACCAGAGGCUACACGCGGCUUCGGUGCAUCGGGUCCGGGUGGCGACCUCCCCGCGGCGCCGGCAUCCCGAGUCCCCGCCACGACGGUUGAGAGCAGCGGCGAGCAGAGUGGCGACGAGGACGACGCCUUCGAGAGGCGGCGGCGACGGCGAGGGCCCGGGGUCGCGGUGGACACACGGCGGCGGCCCCGAGAGCAGCGUUCGCUGAGGCUCAGCAUCAAUGCGCGAGAACGGCGGCGCAUGCACGACCUGAACGACGCGCUGGACGGACUGCGUGCAGUUAUCCCCUACGCGCACAGCCCGUCGGUCCGCAAGCUCUCCAAGAUCGCCACGCUACUACUGGCCAAGAACUACAUCCUCAUGCAGGCUCAGGCCCUGGAGGAGAUGCGGCGCUUGGUGGCCUACCUCAACCAAGGCCAGGGACUGGGUGCACCUGUGGCCGCCGCGCCUCUGACGCCCUUCGGCCAGGCAGCGGUUUACCCGUUCUCAGCCAGCGCCGCGCUCGGGCCCUGCCCAGACAAAUGUGCCACCUUCUCUGGAUCGCCCUCGGGGCUUUGCAAACACUGUGGUGAGAAGCCUUGACGGCACCGAGCACCCCCGCAGCCGCAUUUCUAUUUAGA